AUACUAUUCAACGCGUCAACAUGCCACCAAUUCGCAAUAAAAACGAAAAGAAUUUAGCAGAGCAAGAGGGGCGGAUCUUGUUAGCUAUUUCCGACUUAAAAAAUGGAAAAAUCUCAAGUGUGUAUCAAGCCGCAAUCAUUUACAAUAUUCCUCGGACGACGCUAUAUGACAGGUUAAACGGAAUUCAACAAAGAUCUAUAAUACGUGCCAACGGACAUAAAUUGUCUCAAUUUGAAGAGGAAUCACUUGUCAAAUGGGUACUCGAUCUAGACAAACGUGGAUUCCCCCCUCGGCACUCUCUUGUACGAGAGAUGGCUAAUUACCUUCUUUCACAACGUGGAAAUCAACAGGUUGGAGAGAAAUGGGUCUAUAAUCUCAUUCAACGUCGCCCAGAGAUUGAAUCAAAAUUUUCACGGAAAUAUAACUACGAGCGUGCUAAAUGCGAAGAUCCGAAGUUAAUCCAAGAAUAUUUUGAUCGCGUACGAGAGGUUAUAUCAAAGUACGGAAUCUUACCAGAAGAUAUCUACAAUUUUGAUGAGACUGGCUUUGCUAUGGGACUCUGUGCAACCGCAAAGCCUGGAAAUCGAGAAUGGGUGACUGCAAUUGAGGCAAUUAAUUCAACUGGAUGGGCCCUGCCUUCAUACAUCAUUUUCAAGGCAAAGAAAUAUACUCGGUUAGGCUGGUUUGAGGAUCUUCCUGAUGACUGGAGAAUCAAUAUCAGUGAUAAUGGAUGGACUAUAGAUAAGAUUGAGUUAGAAUGGCUGAAAACCCAUUUUAUUCCUCUUACUAAUGCCGUGCAAUGGGAAAUUAUCGCAUGUUAA